AUCCUGUAAUAUUUACUGGUACUUUAAGGAGUAAUUUAGAUCCAUUUAAUGAGCAUGAAGAUUUAACAUUAUGGAAUGCAUUAAAAAGAGCACAUUUAAUUCAAGAGGAUUUAUCAUCACCAAAUUUAGAAAAUGAAAAACCAUCAGGUGCCGUUAUAGAUGAUGAACCAGAUUCAAUGACAAAAUCUGAAGCAUAA